ACCUGCCUGGGCCUCUCCUACGAUGGCCUGCUGGGCGACAAUCAGAUCAUGCCCAAGACAGGCCUCCUGAUAAUCAUCCUGGCCAUAAUCGCAAUAGAAGGCGACUGCGCCCCUGAGGAGAAAAUCUGGGAGGAGCUGAGUGUGUUGCAGGUGUUCAAUGGGAGGGAGAACAGUGUCUUCGCACAUCCCAGGAAGCUGCUCACCCAAGAUUUCGUGCAGGAAAGCUACCUGGAGUACCGGCAGGUGCCCGGCAGUGAUCCUGCAUGCUACGAGUUCCUGUGGGGUCCAAGGGCCCUCGUUGAAACCAGCUAUGUGAAAGUCCUGUACCAUAUGCUAAAGAUCAGUGGAGAGCCUCACAUUUCCUACCCACCCCUGCAUGAAUGGGCUUUGAGAGAGGGGGAAGAGUGAGUCCGAGCACCCGUUGCAGCCAGGGCCAGUGGGAGGGGUCUGGGCCAGUGCACCUUCCAGGGCCCCAUCCAUUAGUUUCCACUGCCUUGUGUGACAUGAGGCCCAUUCUUCACUCUUUGAAGAGAGCAGUCAGCAUUCUCAGUUUUGGGUUUCUGUUCUAUUGAAUGACUUGGACAUUUAUCUUUGUUUCCUGUUGGAAUUGUUCAAAUGUUCCUUUUAACGGAUGGUUGACUGAACUUCAGCAUCCACGUUUGUGAAUGACAGUAGUCACACAUAGUGCUGUUUAUAUAGUUUAGGAGUAAGAGUCGUGUUUUUUAUUCAGAUUGGGAAAUCCAUUCCAUUUUGUGAAUUGUGAUAUAAUAACAGCAGUGGAGAAAGUAUUUGCUUAAAAUUGUGAGCGAAUUAGCAAUAACAUACCUGAGAUAAAGAACUCAAGACAUUAAAAGAUAGUUAAUUCUUGCCUUAUACCUCAGUCUAUUCUGUAAAAUCAAACAAAUAUGCAUACCUGGAUUUCCUUGGCUUCUUUGAGAAUGCAAGAUAAAUUAAAUCUGAAUAAAUAAUUCUUCUGUUUA